UAGAUGACGGCUCUGCGAAUUAGAAACAGCUUAUUCCAGUUUUAGCUUUUGUCUAAGAGGGAAGUUUCUUGAAUUGUCGAGAGAAAAUUUCGAGAAAAUGAAGGGGUUUCAAUGGAUAUCCAUGGAGGAAAUGUACCAAAAACAUCCCGAUUUGAAGCCGGAUGACGUGAAAUUGGUGCAGAAAUGGUUGGAAUCGCAACCACAUUUGCCCAAAAUUACAGAUUUGGAAGUUGCCAAUUUUUUGCAUGCAAAUUAUUUUAGAGUUGAAGCUACGAAGAACAUGAUCGAUAAUUAUUACACGUACAGAACACAUUUGACGAAUUUCUUCAAGAAUCGCGAUAUUACGGGGGAUGAUAUGGUAGAAACGCAUGAUGUCAUAAAUUUCUUUUUAUUGCCUGAACGGACUCCAGAUAAUCAUCAAAUCAUCAUUUAUCGCUUCAAGGAUACCGAUCCAAACAGAUAUAGUUUCGUUAAUUUCAUUAAAAUUAUUGGAUUUUCCAUUGAGACAGAAUUGCUCGAAAAAGGUCCUCCAGAUGGAUUUCAUCUCGUUCUCGAUGUCACAGGCGUCAAAUUAGGUCAUAUCACGCGCGCUAACCUGUCGGAAACGAAAUUGUCAAUGUUGUAUUUGCAAGAAGGUCUCCCGAUUCGCAUCGUUGGCUUGCAUUUCAUCAACGUAAUUCCGUUUAUGGACAGAUUAAUGGCUCUGAUUCGACCAUUUGCGAAAAAUGAUUUGGCAAAAAAGUUGUACGUGCAUGAGUCGGUCAAAGGUUUGCAUGAAUUUGCGCCGCCUGAAAUUUUUCCGCGAGAUUAUGAGGGAGGAAAGGAAAUUUCGAUUGAUGAGAUGUCGGAGAAAUAUUAUCAACUUUUGGUUCAGCGACGUGAACAUUUUUUGGAGGAAGAGAAAACUCGUCGUGUCAAUGAAAAGCUGAGACCGACAAAGUCUCGCAUUGUGAAUGAUUAUUUCGGGUUGGAAGGGACAUUUAAGAAAUUGGAUAUCGAUUAAUUGAAAUUUAAUUUGAUUUUUCACCAUUUAAAAUUUUUUUUUAAAAAAAUUAAAAAAAAAAUUUAAAAAUUUUUUUUUUUUAAAUUGAAAAAAUAUAUUUUUAGGCUAAAAACUUUACUCGAUUUUUUAAGAAAAAAAUUCUAUAAAAUUUAUUUAAAAAAAUAUUAUUUUUUUAAAAUAAAAUAAAAUUUAAAAUACAUCAAAAAAUUAAAAAAAAAAAUCAAAAGCAAA